AUGACGCCAGGCAUCGUCCCUAGCGUCCUGAACAACCCAGACAUUCUCGGCUGCCUGAUCUCGUUCGUAGCCGACGAGUCUUUUCUUUUCUUCGGGCCGGUGUGCCGAGACUGGAGGGCGGCGUGGGGGAAUCGCCCGACCACAACCAGGAUCGCAACGUCCGACUUGACCCCGACCCAGCUCCAGCGCGGCUUCGACUGCGGCCUGACGCGGACCAACCCCGAGCUGUGCGCCGCCAUCGCGCGCCUCGGCGACGUGGACCUCCUCGAGCUCGCGAGGGACAACGGCUGCCGCUGGGGUGCGUCCACGUGCAACGCGGCCGCCGAGUCCGGGAGCCUCGAGGUCCUCCAGUGGGCCAAGUACCACGGCUGCCCCUGGUACGAGCACAAGGUCAUAUCGCUGGCCGCCGAGGGUGGCCACCUGGCCGUAAUCAAGUGGGCGCGGAUGUUCGGCUGCGCUAUUGAUCGGAGUGCCGGGUGGUCGGCGGCGGCGGCGGGCCGACUCGACGUUCUGCGGUGGCUGGUCGAGGACGGGGCGCCGCUGGACCAGCACACUUGCGCCGCCGCCGCCGAGAAGGGUCGGAUGGACGUCCUCGAGUGGCUGAGGGACAGGGACACGCCGUGGGGGGAGAGCACGUGCGUGGCCGCGGCCCGGGGGAAGCAGCUGCCGGUCCUGCGGUGGGCGAGGGAGCACGGGUGCGCCUGGGACGACAUGACCUGCUUCAUGUCUGCGUGGAACGGCGAUCUGGAGACCCUCGUCUGGUCGGUCGAGAACGGCUGCGAUAUCAACGGCUCUCUCUGUCUGGAGACCGCUCUGUCUUCCGGGCACACCCACGUCGUGGAGUGGCUGCAAGCGAACGGCCAUGCUCCUAGCUAG